AUGGUGGUGGAGGAAGAUGUUGAGGAGAAAAAAACAAUCCUAAUUUUAUUUUUUGUCUUUCUGCUUCUCUAUCUCUCAUUUUCUCUCUCUCUCUCUCUCUCUAUCUAUCACAUUCUGUUCAUUAUCUAUCUAUCUAUCUAUCUAUGUCAUUUUGUUCAAAUCUAUCUGUAUCAAUCUAUCUAUCUAUCUAUCUAUCUAUCUAUCUAUCUAUCUAUCUAUGUCAUUCUGUUCAAAUCUAUCUAUCUAUCUAUCUAUCUAUCUAUCUAUCUAUCUAUCUAUCUAUCUAUCUGUCAUUCUGUUCAAAUCAAUCUAUCUAUCUAUCUAUCUAUCUAUCUAUCUAUCUAUCUAUCUAUGUCAUUUUGUUUAAAUCUAUCUGUCUCAAUCUGUUAUCUAUCUAUCUAUCUAUCUAUCUAUCUAUCUAUCUAUCUAUCUAUGUCAUUCUGUUCAAAUCUAUCUAUCUAUCUAUCUAUCUAUCUAUCUAUCUAUCUAUCUAUCUAUCUAUCACACAGUCUCUUCAUAUUUAUCUACAUACCUUAUAGAUCUAUCUUAUAG